AUGUCUCGUCUUCCUCGUGUGCUGUUCGUCAUGUGCCUGGUUCAACUCCAGUUUCUCGCCUCAAGUUUCACACGGAUGGAGGCUCCCAAUGUACCAGGUAGCAAGGUACAUGUACCUACAUGUACGCUGCGUAGGGUGACUUGUCCCUUGGGCGGAAACAAGUCGGUGGCUCCUUGUACGACGUUGAGCUGGGGGGGACUUUGCUUGGGGGUCCUUCUGCAGGCUGCUAUGCGGAGUAGCACAGAGGAGAAUAACUUGCAUCUCAUUUACUCUGACCGCUACGUUAUUGUAACAAUACGUGAUGACCUUGAUGGCCCGCAGUUUUGCAAUGCGAUGGCGCGUAUCUUUGGCUGGUCUGGAUUAUUUUGCGCGGUGUAUGAUGAGGUCACUUCACUGCCCGACUUUUUUGUAUGGUAA